GACCUUGAAGAGAGAAUGAAGGUCACUUCUGUGGCAACCCAGGGAGGAUAUGGGAGCUCAAACUGGGUGAGCAGCUACCUCCUGAUGUUCAGUGAUGGUGGGAGGAACUGGAAGCAGUAUCGACGAGAAGAAAGCAUCUGGGGUUUCCCAGGCAACACAAAUGCAGACAGCGUGGUACACUACAAACUACAGCCCCCCUUUCAAGCCAGGUUUCUGCGCUUCCUCCCUGUGGCCUGGAAUCCAAAGGGCAGAAUUGGGAUGCGGAUAGAAGUGUAUGGCUGUGUGUACAGGUCCGAGAUGGUUUAUUUUGAUGGACCAAGUGUUCUGCUGUACAGAUUUGAUAAAAAAUUUGUAAGACCAAUAAGAGAUGUUAUUUCUUUGAAAUUUAAAACCAUGCAGAGUAAUGGAAUUCUACUCCACAGAGAAGGACAACAUGGGAACCACCUCACUCUGGAAUUAAUUGAAGGAAAGCUUGUCUUUUCUCUUAAUUCAGGCAAUGUUAACCUGCCUUCUACUAAAGCUCAAUCAAACCUCAUCCUGGGCAGCUUGUUGGAUGACCAGCACUGGCAUUCUGUCUACAUUGAGCAACUCAAUACACAUAUCAACUUCACCUUGGACAAGUACACUCAGUAUUUCCAGGCCAAGGAACACUCUGGAUACUUGGAUCUUAACUCUGAGAUCAGCUUUGGAGGAAUUCUAACAAUUGGAAGAUCGCUUGCGUUCUCACAUAAAAGUUUUCAAGGCUGUUUAGAAAAUCCUUAUUAUAAUGGAGUGGACAUUGUUGAAUUAGCCAAGAAGCACAAACCACAAAUCCUCAUUAUGGGAAACGUGACCUUCUCCUGUCCACAAUCACAGAUUGUUCCUGUGACUUUCUUGAACUCCAAGAGUUAUCUGGCACUGCCUGGCAAUUCUGGAAAGAACAAGUUCUCCGUCAGUUUUCAAUUUCGAACAUGGAACAAAGCAGGACAUUUGCUUUCCAGUGAAUUUUGGCAUGGCUCAGGGAAGUUUGUCCUCUUUCUUCAGGAUGGAAAACUCAAACUGAGCCUCUUCCAGCCAGAAGAAUCCAUAAGGAAUAUCACAGCAGGCAGUGGGUUAAACGAUGGGCAAUGGCAUUCUGUGUCUCUGUCUGCUAAAUGGAAUCAUCUGGUUGUGGUGGUAGGUGAUGACACAGCUGUUCUGCCCCUGGUGCCUGUGCUGAUUGUUUCAGGCAACACCUAUUAUUUUGGAGGCUGCCCUGGCAACAGCUCUGGAUAUGGAUGCAGCAGCCCCCUGGAAGGGUUUCAGGGCUGCCUGAGGCUUAUUUCCAUUGAUGACGCAGUAGUAGAUCCCAUCUUAGUACAGCAGGGAGUGCUGGGGAGUUUCAGGGAUCUCCAGAUAGACUCGUGUGGCAUCACAGACAGGUGUUUGCCCAGCCACUGUGAACAUGGAGGUGAGUGCUCCCAAUCCUGGGACACAUUCUCCUGUGACUGCACAGGCACAGGUUACAUGGGACUGACCUGCCAUUCACCUCUCUACGAGCAGUCCUGCGAAGCCCACAAAUACAGAGGGAACUCUUCUGGGCUGUACCACGUGGAUGUAGAUGGAAGUGGCCCCCUGGGAUCAUUUCUUGUGUACUGCAAUAUGACAGCAGACACAGCGUGGACAGUGGUGCCACACGGCGGCCCAGACACGGUGACGGUAAGCGCCGCCACACGAGGGCUGGCACACUCCACAACUUUCGCCUACGCGGCCGGCGCGGGCCAGCUCCGGGCAGCGGUGGUCCUAGCAGAGCGCUGUGAGCAGCAGCUGGUGCUGAGCUGCGGGGCUGCGCAGCUCACAGACGCACAAGAUGGAAGCCCACUGAGCUGGUGGAGUGGAAGAACCAAUGAAACACUCACAUACUGGGGAGGCUCUUGGCCUGAUGCUCAAAGAUGUACUUGUGGAUUAGAAGGCAACUGCACAGGUUCCCAGUAUCACUGCAACUGUGAUGCUGACUGGAAUGCAUGGUCUAGCGAAACAAUAGUCCUUUCCCAGAAAGAGCACCUGCCGGUCACUCAGGUUGUGAUAACAGACACAGGCCGAAGGCAUUCUGAAGCUGCUUAUGCGCUGGGGCCCCUGCUCUGCCAUGGGGACAACUCAUUUUGGAAUUCCGCUUCCUUCAACACUGAGACGUCAUACCUUCACUUCCCCACUUUGCAUGGAGAGUUUACUGCAGACGUAUGUUUCUUUUUUAAGACUACGGUCUCCUCUGGUGUGUUUAUGGAGAACCUGGGGAUCACAGACUUUAUUAGGAUAGAGCUGCGUGCUCCCACAGAAGUGGCCUUUUCCUUUGAUGUGGGGAAUGGACCUUGUGAGGUCACAGUGCAGUCGUCCACCCCCUUUAAUGACAACAAGUGGCAUCAUGUGAGGGCAGAGAGGAACAUUAAAGGAGCAUCUCUUCAGGUGGAUCAACUCCCUCAGAAGAUACAAUCUGCCCCUGCUGAUGGGCAUGUCCGUUUACAGCUCAACAGUCAGCUCUUCAUUGGAGGCACGGCCAGCAGGCUGAGAGGCUUCCUGGGGUGCAUUCGAUCACUGCGGUUGAAUGGUGUGUCCCUGGAUCUGGAAGAAAGAGCCACAGUGACACCAGGAGUGGAGCCUGGAUGUGCAGGACACUGCAGCAGCUAUGGACAUUUGUGUCGCAAUGGAGGGAGAUGUCAAGAGGAGCAGAGAGGAGUGUCUUGUAACUGCACGUUGUCUGCAUAUGAUGGGCCAUUCUGCACAAAUGAAAUUUCUGCAUAUUUUGGAACAGGCUCCUCAAUGACUUACACUUUUCAAGAACAUUACCCUUUAAGUGAAAACAAGAGCUCUUUUGCUUCUUCAUUACACAGGAAUACAACAUUGACCAGAGAAAUGAUCACACUGAGCUUCCGAACUACACAAACUCCAAGCUUACUGCUUUAUGUGAGUUCUUUCCAUGAAGAAUACCUUUCAGUCAUCCUCUCCAACAAUGGAAGUUUACAGAUCAGGUACAAGCUAGACAGUCACCAAGAUUCUGAUGCAUUUAACUUUGAUUUUACAAACUUGGCUGAUGGGCACUUUCACCAGCUGAAGAUUGAGAGAGAAGAAGCAGUGGUUGUUGUAGAGGUUAAUCAGAGUGCAAAGAGACAAGUUAUAUUGGCCUCAGGGACAGAAUUCAAUGCUGUCAAAUCCCUUGCACUGGGAAAGGUUUUAGAGACCCCCGGCGCCGACGCGGACACCAGGCGGGCGGCGGCGCGCGGCUUCACCGGCUGCCUCUCGGCCGUGCGCUUCGGCCGCGCCGCGCCCCUGAAGGCAGCGCUGCGCCCCGGCGGCCGCACCCCGGUCUCCGUGCGCGGCCCAGUAGCCGCGGCGCCCGGCUGUGCGGCGCCGGCGGGACCCGGCUCCUCGGCGCGGGAACUGACUCCCCGGCUGGCCGGGGACGCAGGCCGUCCUGGACCCGCUGGCAAGGGGGCGCCCUUAGUUACUGCAGACGGGAGGGACCCUGCGGUCCUCGUGGUCGGAGGUGUGAUUGCCGUUGUCAUAUUUACCUUGCUCUGCAUCACUGCCAUGGCUUUACACAUUUAUCAACAAAGGAACUUGCACAAAGAAAAUGAGUCUGAAAUCUCAAAAAAUGAAGAGUGCUAG